AUGAGGGGCACUGUGCCGUACUCAGAUGGCCACGGGAAGGUAUGCACAACCUUCACUGCAGAGCACGCCACGCAUGGUCACAUCAAGAUGCACCAUGCCUACACCAACGUGGUGGCCGGGGGAUCCAGCACGUGGAGGCUGCGUUAUCUCAACCGCUAUGUCUACAUGUUCCUUGCUCCUUUCCUCCUCCCCAUCGCCACUCCACCGGUGGCUGUCGCACAUUGGCUGCCCAUGUUCUCCCGGGACAACAAGCCCCCAAUACACGUGAUGAGCCUGAGGGCGCUUAACCUGGCCCAGGUGCCUGUGCUGGACUGGGCAUUCAGCCACGUGGAACAACACCUCUUCCCCAGGCUCUCUGAUAACGUCUGCUUGGAAGCUGAGCCCAUGGUGUCCCAGUUCCUCCAUGAGAAGCAGCUACCGUACAAUGAGGAAUCGUACCUGGCUCGCUUCCAGCUGUUUCUCCGUCGCUAUGAGGAAUUCAUGGUGCAGGCCCCACCUAUCACUGAGCUCGUGGGGCUGCAAUGA